GACGCGGAAAAGAAAGAAAAAGGGCAAAGUCGCCGCCGCCGCCGCCCACCUAUCGGUGAGCACGAUGCGCUGUCCCGCUCGGCCGCAUCGUAUCCUACCGCGUUAAUCUCUACCUCCCCGAGGCCCGAUUCGAGGAGGCGGCUGAUUGCUUUGGUGUGGCCGGCCGGUAGGUUGGUACGGUACGGGGGGUCCCAAAGGCGGGGUCUUGGAAGCUGCAAUUCAGAUUUGCCUCUCGCGGCGGGGUUUCAUCGGUUGGAUUUGGUCGUUUCUUGGUUUAGUUGUUGCUGAAAUUCUUUGUUUGUUUUGUGGAUUCAAGAACUGGGUCGAUCCUGCGUGGUGGAGGUAGCUGUACUGAUAGAUGCAAGAAUCGGGGCAGUUGGCUCUUGCUCAAGCGUUGUCAGCUGUGAAUUUCGGUGGACUUGUCCUGGCCUAGCGGGGAAUCGAUGGAGGGGAAGAAAACAAGGGCAGUGGGUGAGAAUGGCUGGUUCAUUUGCGACGAUGCGCUUACUGAGGUAUUCCGCAGGCUGCCUGCCCGCACGCUUGCGUCCUGCAGGCUGGUGUGCAAGUCCUGGUUGUCUGUGCUCUCGGAUCCGCACUUUAUUCACGAACACAUGAGUCGCAGCCAGCAGAAGCUGCUGCUCUUUGCGCAUGACCGAGUGAAUGAUAGGUCUCUCGCCAUGGUACUCGCGGACGACAAGGAGUCCAUGUACCAGCUGUCUAGGCCCAUGGCUUCUCGGAGCCUCUUCGUGCACAAUUCUUGCAAUGGCCUGCUGUGCCUAGGUGACAGUACCGGAGCCGUGGAGCUGCUGAACCCAACAACUGGUGAAUCUCUAAUGUUGCCAAUGCCAAUGUACACGGCAGGGAGCAGCCAGUUCUCAUCCUUUAAUUGGCACUGCUUGGGGUUUUGUCCGGGGAUUAAGGAACACAAAGUUGUGCAUUUCUAUCCAGGAGCUCAUAUUGAUUCUUUCAAGGUGCGCUGUGAGAUAUACACAAUUGGAGAUACAGUCUGGAGACAAGUUGGUGGUUUUCAUGGGGCUCCGACAGAUAGAGGGGUGCAUGUGAAUGGAAUAGUGUACUAUCUGACGAAGUUCUGCUACAUUGCUUCAUCACGUAUCAAUUGUUUGAAUCUUGAAAGUGAAAAAAUUGAUGUGAUGAUGCUUCCUCCACGCAAGUCUUAUGGAGGGCAUUGCUCUUUGACAGAUCUUGAGGGAGUACUAUGCUUGUUAGUUGUGGAUGGUGCACUUGAAGGUCCACCUCGUACAAUGGACAUAUUGAUGCUCAAUGGUGAUGAUAAGCAGAGCUGGACUCCCAGAUACUACUUAUCCUUACCUUGGCUGAUGCCUUCAUGUUAUUUUACUCCAAAACACACACUCUUCCAUGAUGGGAAAAUUUGGGUGCAGCUAUUGGCUAGGAACCUCUACUGUUAUGAUCCAAGUUCAAGCUCUGAAGAACUGAAGAUAACUUGGCCUGAGUUUGACUUUCCGUUUAGCACACAUACUUUCAUUGAAAGCAUAGUUCCUCUGCGUAAAGACUACUUUAUCAAGCAGAUACAGUGACAGUCGUGGUGUUCUCCCCAUCAAUUAUCAAGUUGAUAAGCCUGUUCUUGAAAAAGAAGUUGAUAGGCCAAGUUCAGAGAAGAGAGUCAGUUCUUAUUUUACUUUGUAUGAUUUCUCACAUUUCAGGUGAUUAUUGAUGUAAACACUGAACUAAGUUUUACAAUCAAGUGGGGGUAUAGAUGAAAUGGUCUAUGAAAGUAUGAACACUGAUGCGAUAUUGUUUGCUACUCUAUAAUUAGGUUACAACAAAGAAA